GCAGCUUGAAUGUUAAAGACACAGGCGCACACAGAGACGCACACUCUUUCAGUCCAGCGGUGCCCUCCUCUGCUUGCUGCUCUCCCUGCCUGCCUCCUGCAGUUAACGGAGCACCAGUUUGCAUUCUGAAACUUUGCCAUGCUCAGGAGGCAUCCAGCCCUGGCACGAAGAUUGUGUUGACACAACUGCAAGGGAUCACUUGCUGGGCCAGCAGCAAGAAACUGGAAUUUAUUUUUUUUACUCCUGCCGGCUCUCUCUCUCUGGAAGGGAUGCAUAGGAACUUGACAAGGGCGACAUCGUGCAAAUCUCGUGUGAGAAAACGUGAUCUUCCGCGUUUUUUGCGCGAUGUUUUGGGUCGUUCCAAGGGAAGCUAGAAGCCACAACUCUCUGCAUGUGAUUGACGGUGUUGAAUACCCAGAUCUGGGAUGCUUCAGCCUCUGAAUGGUACAUUCUAUGCAGGGCAGAGUCUUCACGCAAAUGGCAACCAUUCUUCUCUUUCCCAAGCAGGAAGGCCCAGUGCCGCUUCUCUGUCACCUCAGGCUGGACAACCUGAGGCAACUCUGGACCUCAGUCUGGAUCACUUUAUCCCUUCACACCUUCAAAAAAUGCCAUCUCUUAACAGCAGCAUGAGCCCAAUAUCUCCUCAGGCGACAUCUACUCCGCAAACUGUGAAGGCUUCUUCACAUCGCAGAGUGCCUGUGAUUCGUAACUGUGGCUCCAACACCCUGAAUUUUGAGUUCCACGACACAAGCCCUCGCACAGUGAACAAUGGGAUGUCACAACCAUGGAAGAUAGCCCAGUGGAAGUAUGGUAGCUCCAGCCAAACCAACAACUGGUACCCAACCUGGCCUGCUAAAGAAAUCAGACCACUGAAAUCCCAAGCAGCAACUGUUCCCUGCUCGACAGAUUCAGCCACAAGGCCAGUUGUCAAUGGUGCUGCACAACCAAGCUGGUCAGCCACUUGGACAAAGGAUGGGCGGAGAAAGGAAAAACGCUGGGUGAAGUAUGAUGGGAUUGGACCAGUGGACGAGUCUGGGAUGCCCAUUGCCUCACGAUCGAGUGUGGACAGCCCCCGAGACUGGUACCGCAGCAUGUUCCAGCAGAUCCAUAGCAAACUCCCUGAACCAGGACAGGACUGGGACUUCUGCAACAGCUCCGGAGGUUCCAGGCCCCCGAGGCCCAAGCAGAAAAGCCAACCAGCUGCCAUGGCAUCAAGCAGCUCCUCCUGCUUUCAGAAUGGUUUGGACUGGAGAAAUUGGGAAGCAGCUGAUGCUACCACGAAGGAGCCCAGGAGUAUUUUUGACUAUGAACCCGGGAAAUCAUCCAUCCUCGAGCACCCUGAUUCACCUAAGAAACCUCCUACAGUAUUGCCAGUGCAACGCUGCACACCAUCCCCACCGAUUGAGGAGUUGCUGGAGAAGGAGCUGCGGCAGCUCAGUGAAGAGUUGGACAAGGACAUUAGAGCCAUUGAGAUUCGCCAGCUUGCCCACAAGGGCUCCUCGGCCGCUUCCUCCUCCGCCUGCGCCCCUUCCCUGGCCGUCGCUGCCCGCCGCAGCCCACUGCCUGACCACAGUGCCUGUCAUUCCAGGGGACAAAACCUUCCUGUAGCCCAGUGCUCCGUGUCAGCCAGCCCGAGAAUGGAGAAAGGGAGUCCCGGCAUCGCCAGGAAUAACUGGAACAGCUCUCCACCUAGAAAUGAUCCUUUGAGGCAUGUAGGGAGAAUCUCCUUUCCUGAGGCUUUGGAAAGUGUCCUGGAUAGUCCCACAAAGAAAGAAGAGAAGAAGAUGAAAGCUGCUCGUCUCAAAUUUGACUUCCAGGCAGAGUCACCAAAGGAACUGACUUUGCAAAAGGGUGACAUUGUCUACAUCCACAAGGAAGUUGACAGAAACUGGCUGGAAGGGGAACACCAUGGCAGAGUGGGCAUUUUCCCUGCCAACUAUGUGGAGGUUCUUCCUCCGACAGAAAUCCCCAAGCCCAUCAAAUCCCCAACCAUUCAAGUCUUGGAGUACGGAGAGGCUGUAGCUCAGUACAACUUCAAAGGAGACCUGCAGGUGGAGCUCUCAUUUCGCAAGGGUGAGCGCAUCUGCCUGGUUCGCAGAGUGGAUGAAAACUGGUAUGAAGGCCGCAUCUCUGGCACCAGCCGGCAGGGCAUUUUCCCAGCCAACUAUGUGCAGGUGCUGAAGGAGCCACGAGUGAAGAACUCAGAAGACUUUCCUUCUUCCCCAAGUCUCCGGGCAGCUCAUUCCAGCUCACCAGCCCAGCUGCAGUCACCCAACCCAGGCAGCAGGUGGCAGUCCAACACUUCACCGUCAAGCCUGCAGGGUUCCCUGCCCACAGAUGUGCUCUCAUCCUCCUCUAACCACUCUGGAUUCUCAUUCCCUGUGUCUCCAAAGCUGGAGCGCUCUGAGGCCGUUCCCCACAGACCCCAGAGUACUCCUCGAUCUGCCUUGUUCUCUCCCCAGAGCCAGAACCCAGCAACAACAUCCAACACAUCUCAGCCUGUCUUGCCCUUCCAGAGGCAGGAGGUGGCACAGCCAGCUGUCUCCGUCUCAGCUUCACAAGCAGGAGGGCUCUUUCCACUGCAGAGCUCAGCCCUGGAACCAGCUGCUCCUCAACCUUCCCAACCAUGCAGCACCAAGCGCACCGCCGCUGAAGCUGUCCCAUCUGACAUACAGUGGACUCCAUACAAGGCUCUGUACCAAUACAGACCCCAAAACGAGGAUGAACUGGAGCUGCAGGAAGGAGACCGGGUAGAUGUCAUGCAGCAGUGUGAUGACGGCUGGUUUGUGGGUGUAUCCAGAAGAACACAAAAAUUUGGCACUUUCCCGGGGAAUUACGUUGCUCCUGUGUGACUAUCCCUCGAUCCACCCUGCCUCCCAUGUGUGCCAAGGAGAAACUGAACCUCCUGCUCGUGUGUCCCAUUUUCCUUGGAGUGGCAGCCCACAAUUUGCAAGCAGAGGAGAUGGUGGGAGAACCAGCCUUGAUCCCCAUAUCUGUUCAUUGAGGCCUUUGCUGUUCGUCUCUUGGAUCUGGAGCUUUUACCCUACUGUUCCUUUACCUGUCGUCUUCUGCUUUUGUGUCCCCAGUACUUUGAAUGUGGGGUGGUUGCAGCUUCAUUCCUUCCCCCCCAGAAUUUAGGAAACAUCGGUCAUUCAGGGCUUCUCAAUGAAAAAUUGAAGAGAUUGGGCCUGAGCAGGCACUGCAGAUAUCUCCUGGACCUGUUGCUUCCCCAGCUGAAAUCCUUCCUCUGUGAACAAAUCUGGAGACUCAUCCCUUCUACAGGCACUCACAGCAGUAGCUGAAGAGUGAAAAUGAACUGUGUUGUUGUGACUGUCCUGUAUCAGGUCUCCCAGCUAAGCAAGAUCCAGGUUCCGGGUGUGUGUACCAUACACUGCACGUAUAUUGUUUGGGGGAUUCCACAGACAACCCACAUUCUGGAUGCAUUUGGAUCAACAGACUGGUCUCACCUAAACAACACCUUUCUGCCUUCUGGGCGGUGCUAGACUUGGACAGUGUGAGCCUGUGCCACUAACUGUAUUGGGCACUUUAUGCAGAGUGACUCUGCAUGGCCUCCAGUAUUAACAUUUCUGGAUCUUUCCUCCGCUUCACUGAAAGGCUUAGCUUGCUGAACUUUGAUCUAAACUCCUCCCCACUUUCCUCCCUUAAUGACUGAUUUAGAGCUUUGGUCUAAACAACUUGCUGCCAUUCCCCUUUCAUUCCAAAGCCUCUACAUGAAUGCACUUCUUCUAGUUGUUUCAUUUAACUCAAGCAAAGUAUGAUCUGUAUAAGAGAGAGCAUGGAACACUUAGGGGUAGUGUUGCGGUUGGGACAGAGUUUAUGUGCUUUGUCCACUGAAGUGCUGGGUCAUAGAUGAUGUGCACCAAGCCUGUUCUGAUCACCAGGGCUUUGAAGGGAGCUUGAUCUUUGUUGGGGAGGGGGAGGCAAUGUGUUACUUCCUGUGUGAUGGCUGUGCUAAUAGCCCCAAGCAAGGAGAGGUCCUGGCCGCUGCUUUUGUGUAUGCCCCAAGUUGUCUAUUUCAUUUGCCCUGUUGCUUUCCAGCAGUGUCUCUCAUUCUUGCUGCUAGAGGCAGAAGACCAGCAGGGUGGGAGCGGGGGUGGGGGGACAGAGAUGUGGGUUUGGCAAGACUUGGCUGUCUGUCUGUUGGGUCUUUUGAGCCCUUCAUCUUUCCAUUCCUGCGGUCUCCUUUCACCCUGAAGUCAGGGGUCAAGACCUGACAGAAGUUUCUAGUGAUAAACUAUCCCCUAACCACAACAGGCCUUGUUCUUAAAUGACUGGGGCUUGCAGCUGCAAGGGAGAAAGGGAGGAGAGAAAGGAAGAUUGUGUUGGGCCAGGAACACUGAGAUAUCUGUGCCUCAUGUGACUUCUUGCAUAGUACUAACAAUGGCAUCUUCCAUGCUAUAGCAAGUCAGCUGUGUGUUGACAUAGUCCCAGCUACUGGAAAGGGAAUGUGCAGGUUCAGACCAGCCCUCGUGGAGCAGAUUUUCUCCUCUAUGUAAACAACAGGAGCUUCUCUUUUUUCUUCCUGGAGAUGGUUUAGUUAGCGGCUUCUGGCAGUCCACACUCUGCUGUCUACCUCAGUGGUUUUCAUACUUUUGACAUUCAGGGAACCCUUCCCUGCCAGCACAUCAUUGCAUGUCUGCUGUGGAACACAGUGGAUUGCAAAGUAUUCAGGGGCUUGCUUGGGGGCGCCCCUACAUCCUGGCUACACAGGCCUUACUUUUGCACCAUACAGAUUGAAGGUAAAGACGGAACAUACCUCUGUAGCUGUACAUUCACAAGGGAAGAUGAAUGGUGCUGUGGUGCUCUUCUGACUGACAACUCUGACUUUGAAAAUUCCUGAAGAUUUGGGGGUGGGGCCUGGGAGGGUGGAGUUUGGGGAGGGCUUAACAGUUAUGGGAUGCCACAGAGCCCACCCUUCAAAGCUCCUGUUUCCUCCAGAUAGUUUCAGGUGGGCAGCUGUGUUGGUGCGUAGUAGAAAAGCAAGAUUCGAGUCCAGUAGCACCUUAAAGACCAGCACCAGAAGAACUGCUCUCUACAACCUGGAGAUCAGUUGUAACUGGGGAAGAACUCCUGACACCACUUGGAGGUUGGUGACUGCAAAACAUUAGGGAUACAUCCUGCAGCUGGUUGAGCCUAGUGCGUUUUGGAGGAUAUUUUCUCCUCAAAGCUUUGUAAUAGCCCCUUCGACAAGGAAGAUGCCUCUCUGCUCUGGGAAGGGAGAGCUGCUUGUGUUAUUGCCUGUACAGCUAGUCCUGCCAAUAAAAAUCACUGAACAAAAGUUGCAAUUUA